AACAAUAACUAUCAUAUUUGUGGUCAGCAUCAUCAUAACAUCUGGUUGAAGCAAAAUUGGACUAAGAAGUUUCAGCGUGAUGGCUGAAGUUAUAGAAUUAAUGCCUGGUUCGACGGAUACAGAAUGGAUUACCAAAUCGGAAUCGGAAUCUGAAGAUGAGGGUCGUCGAAAAACAAAGAACUUGGAAAUUCAAGGCCAUAAAAGUGUUGGUGGGAGGAUGUUACAUUGUAAAACCUUCUAUGGUUACAAAAUUACAGAUUUAAAAAGACAGUAUAUUGAAGGCGAUUGUGGUAUGUGUAUAGUUGAGUUCGGAGAUGGAUUCGCACAGAAAAAGAUUGAGGUGAUCUGUUGGGAAUCGUUGCGGUUUGGAGACAAACGAAAGUUACACAAACCGUUGACGUGUCUCAUAUUUGCUAAUCGAGAAGAAGAUGACAGAUUGAAACUAAUGGAAGAAGUCAUAUCUUUUGCAAGACAGACCAAAUUGCCUUGUCAUUUUGUAGGAACAAGAGUUUUACUGAUCUGUGAUUCUACCGAUAUUGCUUUCAUCCACUACAAGACAGAUAAAGCAAUAAUUAUGGAACUUGUAAAACAAGGAUUUCGUAGAUUCGAAAGAGUGGACAUCAAUGGAUCAUGGAAACCAGGAAACGAAAUGGAUUACUUUAAUGAAAUUGCAGAAUAUUUCUUUGGAUUGUACGUUGUACCUGUCAUUAUACCCAUUGGAAACAAUUGGAAGAGCCAAAAGAUGCAGAUACCUAUUAUUCGAUUAAAGAACGACAUGUCCGAUGUUAGUGUUUUAUGGCCGGAAGACGUUGAUCAGAGUUUUACAGAAUACACAACAGAUACUGAAAGUGAAUGGCGUUUAAAGAAAACAAAAUCAGUGACGGAUGAUUUUCCGUCUGAUAGUGUUAUUUCGGAAAACUGGUGUGACUUUGAUAUUAUCGUUUGUCAGAUGCUUAUUAGAGUUUAUAUGGACGAGGAUUUAGCAGAGCAAACAUUUAAAGAAAUACAUGCAUACAAUCAUACUGCAUUGUUCAUGUACCUUUUGAAGAAAGGGGAGUGGAAUAUUCCAAAAAAGUACAUAAAAUGGCCAAUCGAUCUGAAGAGUGCUCUAGAAUACAUAUAUGAGGAGGAGUAUGAAUAUAUAAAGGAAUUAUGGUCAAACCAGAAAUGUUUUACCGACAUGGAUUACAAACUGCCUGAUCACAAAGGUUUUAAUGGACCAGAAGCAAAGCUUAUCAAUAGGGAUUCUGAAUGUUACGGUCUUGUAUUUUUGGCUUUGCUGCAUAAACAGUACUGGAUUGGUGCCCAACAGCUUGUAGACUUGGAAUAUAUUGGGAAUCAUCAUCUUCUUGUUGGGUGUGCUAUAUUAGAAGAUGAAAUCAGAAAUUGGAAAACAGCGACACACUUGAAGGAAAAACUACAACGUUUAAAAAAUGUCUUCACUGAAAGAGUUAUCUGCAUAAUUCGGCAUAUCUAUGAUGCUGAUGUUACAAAGGAACGAAAGAAACAAAUGACAAUUAAAGAGAACAAAACAGAAGAAAGAGAGCUGGGUGAUGCCAUCAAUCAUGCAGGAAGGCUUUUGUUGAAUCAUGGAUAUCUAAUGGAUGCUAUCAACAGUAAAAACCAAAAUUUCGUUGAAAACGACACAGUAAAGAAAAUCUUAAAAAAGAUGUGGUAUGGUACAGAGAAUAUAGAUGGUCAUACGACUUUUUGGUAUAUUGUUCUGUUCUCAGUCCAUCUAUUUGUGAUGCCUUUAUUAAUGAUUAACAUGGAGAUGGAUAAUCGUCUAUUACUUUGGUUUUACAAAAAGUACAAGCUGCCAUUCAUGAAAAUAUUUAUACAUUCGCUGGAAUUCACUUUUCUCCUUCUUGCAUAUGCAUACAUGUUGCUGUUUGACUACAGAGAAGAUGGAAUCACCUAUAUUGACUUUAUUAUAAUAGCGUGGAUGGCUAGUUUCUUUGUAAAUGAAACAAAACAGGUUAUUGUUGCUUUAGUAAGAAAAAGAAUCAAACCAUAUUUUCGUGAUUGGUGGAACAUAGCAGAUUGCAUUUUGAUUAUAGGAUAUACGUCUGGAAUGCUACUGAGAGCUGUUGAAGGAUCUUUUUUCCGAACUACGUCAAAAUGUUUAUUAGUUGCAAUAUUUAUGCUUAUUUGCAUAAGAUUACUCAGUUUGUACUACAUAAAUGAGUUUCUCGGACCAAAGUUAAUCAUAAUUCGAAUGAUGAUUAACCAUACUAUUGCAUUCAUGACAAUUAUGUUUGUCAUAAUGUUUUGGUACAGCGUGUCUUUUUAUGCGCUUCUAUAUCCGAAUUCUGAGGCUAGCUGGACAGAGAUCGAAAAAAUUUUAUCGAAUGGAUAUUGGAUAUUAUUUGGAGAAGUGAACUUAGAAGCUGAUACAUUGACUGAACCGAACUGCACCUUCAACAAGACAAUAUAUGAAAGUGAUGUGAGUGGAGUUUUACCGCGAUGUCCAACGAAACUUGGUUUAUACAUUACACCUUACUUAAAAGCCCUUUACGCAUUGAUAGCAGUGGUCAUAAUGCUGAAUCUUUUGAUAGCUAUGUACAGUAACAUUUUUGAGGACGUCCAUACAAAAUCGAUGAUUUAUUGGUCGGAGCUACAGACAUCUUUUCUUGAGGAAUAUAGUAUUCAAACAAUAUUUCCAAUACACCUCCAGUUACUUACCUUACCGGGAACCGUAGUUGCAAUUGUGUGGCUUCUCUGCGCAAAUCUACGACAACAGAAUUCUGACGAAACUGAUCGUACUAAAGAGCUUAAUCAUCACCCACCAUUUGUCAGAGUUUUUCUCUUUGAUUCUAAUUAUGAUUUGAAACUUAAAUCGACAGAAGCAGAGGAGACAAAGGCUCAAAGAGACCAAGGGAAAAUAGAUGUUAACACAGUUACGAGAGAACCUGACUCUAAUAGCACAAAGCAAGAAAUACAAAAGGAGAGUAAUAACAGGAUAACUCAAGAGAUAAUCAACAGACUUAAAAAUCUGGAAGGUAGCUUAACAGAAUUAAAGGAUACAAAGAAAAUGAUGAUGGACAAAUUGCAAAGUAUGGAAGAAAGUUUAAAACACGAUCCUAGAAAUGAUAUGAAUGGAUCUUAGUCUAAUGUCUUCUGUAGUCGAUCUGAAUGAUAUAAUCGUAGUAACAAUACAUCCUGAGUACAAUAUAGGGAUUUAUAAUGAGAGAGAAUUGUGCUUUUUUUCUAGAAUUUUAAAUAACCCAAUUUGAAACAUGAAUAUGUUGAUAGAGAAUUGUUUUUCUUUAAUCAAAAUAGCAUGUUAAGUAAAUGAUUGUAAUGUUCAGAAAUGUUUUUCUCCGUUAUUUAUGAUACCGCUUUACUUAUUCUAUCUUACACCUAAAAAAGAUCAAAUGUUAGUUUUAACUGUACAUCGUUUGCUGCCGACGUAGACAUU